AGCAUCUCUUUGUUUAAUUUUUAACCGUUCAAUUAUCUCUGGAAUUUUUCCUGAUGAAUGGAAAAGUGCUAAAGUCACUCCAUUAUUCAAAAAUGGCCAGAGGUCCGACAUAAACAAUUAUAGACAUAUCUCUGUCACUCCUAUUGUGGCGAAGAUUUUUGAGAGAAUUGUUUAUGAACAAUUGUACGAUUAUCUCAGUGAGAACCAUUUAAUUUAUAGCUUUCAGUCAGGUUUUCGGUCAUUCCACUGUCACUGCCCUUCUAAAAGCAACUGACGACUGGGCUUUUAACAUUGACAAAGGGAAUGUAAACGCAGUGGUCUUUUUAGAUCUUAAAAAAAGCCUUUGAUACCGUAGAUCACGGCAUUCUUUUGUCCAAAUUAAAUUGCUACGGGAUCUCAGGUAUUGCACACGAAUGGUUCAAAUCCUACUUACUUAAUCGUACUCAAAGGUGCUCUGUGAAUAAUUCUCUCUCGGGUCCCAAAUUUCUUACUUGUGGUAUUCCCCAGGGGACCAUUUUGAGACCAUUACUAUUUUUGCUUUACAUCAAUGAUCUCCCUAACUGUCUUGUUCAUUUUUACCCACACAUGUAUGCUGACGAUACUCAUCUGACGUAUGCCAGUAAUAAUGUGGGGAGCAUGGAAUCAAAUUUUAAUCAAGAUCUCGCUAACGUCAGUGAUUGGCUUAAAGCCAACAAACUGACCCUUAAUAAAUCUAAAACUGAAUUCAUGCUGGUCGGCUCGCGCCAAAGACUAAGUACCUUUGAGAACUCUCCUCGUUUAGUUCUUGAUAAUUCCCUAAUUAAGGAAGUCCCUGAUACAAAAUCUCUAGGAGUCUGCAUCGAUCAACACCUCUCCUGGAACGCGCACAUUACUAAUAUUUCCAAAAAAAUUGCUUCUGGAAUCGGCGCAAUCAAGAGAUGUCGCCCAUUUGUUCCACUCGAAACACUAAGGUACGCUUUUAACGCAAUUGUUCAACCCCGUUUUGAUUACUGCGGUGUAAUAUGGGGAAAUUGUAAUAGCACCCUUGCCACAAAACUCCAGAAGCUCCAAAACCGUGCCGCGCGAAUUCUGACUUUUUCCAGUUUCGAUGCCGACGCUCACCCGCUCAUCGAGAGCCUAGGCUGGUCGAAGCUGGUUGAUCGACGCAGGGCACAUAUGGCUACUAUGGUGUACAAAUCUCUUAACGGCCUAGCCCCGGAUUACCUUCAAUCUAAAUUCGAACACCAUGUAAGCCACUACCAAAUAAGAGAUUCUGUAAACAAACUCUCUGUUCCGCAACCCCGCACCAAUUAUCUAAAGAACAGUUUCCAUUAUAGUGGUGCAGUUUUGUGGGACAGCCUUCCUCCAUACCUACGUCAAGCAGAAUCUCUUAACAGCUUUAAGUCCGGCUGUGGGAAUUUCUUUUUAUAAUAACACGGCAUUCAUGGAAAGCAGGCAAUCAUUUUAAUAUCAUAGUUUAUAUAGUGUAUAUAGAGUGUUUUUAAGCCCUGAUUGUUUUUACCGUGUAUAAAAUAAAGUUACAAGUUACGAA